AUUACAAAAGCUUUCAUGCCCCCAACGAACGCAGUCGCCCCACCGACGAAGUGUCACGUUAUACGGACCCGUGCUUAAUUUCCACAGACCGAACUGGCCUAUUUUUUUGAUAGCUUUGACGUCCGUCGGUGUGAGCGAGUUUUUUUUCGUCUUGAUAAAACGCAGAUUGACACUUGAGUGAAAAUGUUGCGAUCGGCUGCCGCACAACUCACAGGAGUAGUGAAAGGAUCGAUGGGCAUGUCUGCGGCCCGUAUCGCAGCCGUCGGUGGAGUACGUGCCUCUCAUGGGCAUGCCGAGACCGACGAGCAAUUCGACCAACGCUACGAGGCGUUCUUCAACCGCAAGGACAUCGAUGGCUGGGAAGUGCGUAAGGGCAUGAACGACAUCCUCGGCAUGGACUUGGUGCCGGACCCAAAGAUCAUUUCCGCUGGCCUGAAGGCUUGUCGUCGGGUCAACGACUAUGCUCUGGCCGUGAGGUGGUUGGAAGGAUGCAAGGACAAGUGCGGCGCCAAGACGGCAGAGAUCUACCCAUACCUCUUGAAUGAAAUCCGCCCGACUUUGAACGAGUUGGGAGUCCUUACGCCCGAGGAAAUGGGCUACGACUGUCCCGAAUUGGCAUUGAAGACAGUUUACGAUGACUAGAUGUAGCCGCCUUUCCAAGUAGUUUCUUUAUAAUGUAUAAAUUGGUGAAGAAAACUUAAUUGUUAUGUAAUCGAUUUCAAUGGCCUGCCAGUAUCAGUGCGUAAAGUAAGGUUAGAACGAAGCAGUUUGUCAUCAAUGAGGAAUGCCAUGCCCGAAUAAAGUUCUGUAUAAUUCCACAA